UUGAACGCAGCUGAGAUACCCAUAGAAGGCUCUUGUGGAGUUGAUGGUUUGAUAUUAGCCUUGAUCUUGUCUUCGCACCACCUACUGUAAUUGAACCGUUAGAACCUUGGGAGCAUAUCUCACUGCUUGAGCAUUAUGGCCGACAUGCAGUACUCUACCGCCUCAGGUUGUCCACCCCUACGGCAGGUCCGAGGGACUCGACUCGAUACUAUACCUGAGGACUAUCGCGAAACACAAUACACGGUACAGAAGGAGCAGGUCGCAUCCACUUCUCAGAAAUCUGCAACAAUCCCUCGGCUGAAGUUGAAGACUAGCGGCCUAUCAUCAGGUUUUCCGAGGCCGAAUCGAUUCUUCUCGCCGAUAUCUGCCGGUUCUGUGUCAUCCUGCUCGGAUACGGAGUGGCAGCAGCAGAUGAAGCCAUUUGAAGACCUCUACGAUGCCACAGACGAGGAGUCGGUGACGAGUGACGAGUGUACUUCCUUUGCCAGCACGCGACCGACAAGUUUGACAACUCCAACGACGCGAAAUUCCAUGCUAUCGCCAAUUUCUCGUAAGCGCUAUCCGAGUCUGGCCAUUCCGCCUUCGCCGGUGUGGCCAUCAUUGCAAGGUGCUUGCAAAAGCUCCCCAAUUCCUCCGACGCCACCCUCCAAGAUACCAGUGUCUCCAGCAGCUCUGUCCAUGCUUGGCCGUUCUGUUCCUGCCGUCCAUGCUCCACCCUCUUUGGAUGGAAGUAUAUCCUCGGAUCAGGUGUCGAAUCUCAGCGCUCCGGCUACUCCAGAUUUGCAGUCAAUACCUGAUCAGGACUGGCCGGUCCCAGGAGUUCAUGUUCGACCAGACCUAGAAGAUGUAGAAGACGUUGGCAUUCCCGCACUAGAUGCAGAUCCAGAUGUGCAGAGCAUCGAGAUCGCCUUCGAUGCGGCUAGCGAGGAUUUAGCUCAGGUCUUAGGGCGAUUUCCUCGCAUCCCCGGUCAAGUGAUGCCGCCUGCUUACGACAUGGACAUGGAGCCGGAUCUGGUGCGGGGAGAUACGCCAUCGGACACAGGAGUACAUCUCCCCGAAGAUGCCAUGGAAACUUUACGGCACCUGUCUCUCAAUAGAAUGCCAGAUCCUUGGUCUGAAUCAUCCGAUAGCAACGAUGAGAUGUGGCAAGUUGAGACGCCACCGCAACGCCCUCGUAGUGCUGAUGGUGCAACUCCUGCGUCUGAGCUUUCCGGUUAUAGCUUCAGCAGGUUGAGCAUUCCGUCUCCAGGUGGCUUCUUUGCUUCAUUAGCCCCACGUGCCCGCCAUACCUGGGCGAUUCCGAACGGAAACAAACCACCCAACUCUGCCACUGCUGAAAGGUUCUACAAGCUACCCUUUCCUCGCGCUGAGGGAGAGAUUGUUGAGCAGGUCAUUGAUUAUCCGGAAAGAGCGACGGACGAGGAGUUAACAGCAGUAUAUGACCCAAGCGGUCCGCCAACUGCUAUUAGGAUCCCCGCGGAGCAUACCAUCGAGCCUCUUGACACGCUGAGGAGCCCCGUGAGCACGAUUGUUGAAGAGAUGAAUCAUGAUCAGAUGCCCGCUCCACUGUCAGAUCAAGCCGAGCGAGAUGAAGACUAUGAAGCUGAACUCAAGAAGAAAGCGAUGUCGGGCUUGGAUAGGACCAGUGUAUGGCUGGCAGCUCAAGCUUCUUACCUAGCAGCCUUGAACGAGACAAACCCCGCCAAUUCCAUCGACAAGGAAGGUGGCAGCGAGAUCGAGACUCCUCAGAAGCCUAGUCAGCAAGCUCCAAGCUCUCUUGCCCGCAAAAGAUCGGCUAAAUUCACUGGAGUUCUUCCAGCUGCCUCCAGUUCGCAACCUUCCGCUCUGGCAAGUAAAGAUUCGAUCUACUGGAGAGGGUUCCAGGCUCUACGCGGCCAAUCAAGCAUCAAGGAUAUUCAUGUACAUCAACACGCUCGUUUUGAUGCCGUCCAGUCUGUUCGAGUCGGUAUGCCUGGUUUACACGUUGACUGUUUGAUGGGAAAGUACGAAUUGAUUCCUACUCAACGUCCUGCAUACAAAGGGCCCUUUUCGAUGGCACCUCGCAACUCGACGCUCGACUCGGCUCGGGUGCAAAAAGCUCAAUUCUCCAUAGUUGAGAAAGAGCAGUUGGUGCUGUCACAGAUCCGUCAGGCUAUGUGGGCUAUGGAUGCACUGAGGUUUCUCAAUGGCGGUCGCAUGCUUAUCAGCCCUGCAUCGAGAAAGCUUCGUGGCUCCAACCGUUCGCCAAAAACAUCAGCAAAGGCGAAUCAAUGCAGUUUCCGAGUCUUAGAUCUGGGAGGACAUGCGUCGUGUGAGUGGGCAUGGCAAUUUGCCUAUGAUUAUCCUGAUGCCAAAGUCACGACGGUGUACACUGGAUCCCAGGAGGUCAAUCGCGGCAUUAAAGGCCCUCCAAAUCACCGACAUGUUUUUGUUUCACAACCAUGGAAGCUCCCUUUUCCCGACAACAAGUUUGAUGUGAUCUCAGCUCGUUCACUGCCAGCUUUGCUGAAGAAAAAAUGCCCGAGCGGAGAAAUCCUUGACGAAUACGAUCUGUGCCUGCAGGAGUGCCGUCGCUGUCUCAAGCCCGGUGGCUAUCUGGAGUACUUUGUUCUAGAUGCUGAGAUCUCACACUCUGGUCCUCAGGGAUCUGCCAUUUCGGAGAAGUUCGUUGCCAAUCUUCAGGCCCAAGGCUAUGAUCCGAUGCCGACCAAAAGCUGGCUUGGACACGUACAGAAGCACUUCGCUGACAUCAAGCGAGCCUGGGCUUUCCUACCGAUGGGGAUCGAGCCCACUAAGACUGAACCACCAAGAGAGACGCCGGAUCCGAGAGUCAAGAGCCUUGCUGGGGAUUACGAAGCGAUACAAGGUCCUGUCGGUAGUACUGCUGACAUCGCCAGUAUCACGGGGCUGCUAGGCGGAUGGUUCUGGGAACAGUGGUGUGUCAAGCUGCAGCAAGAGAUCGGAAUCGAGCGGGAGAAUCUACUCGCAGGGGUAGGCGCUGUGUUCGAUGAGGGCCGCAAGAACGGAGCAGGCUGGACCUGUUUAUCCGGAUGGGCGAUGAAACCACGGUGUCAGAGACGUCGUGGCGGUCAACCGAAGGGCAAGGGGGUGAAGAGCCCUUGCAUGUGAUUCUUUCCUUUUGUUUGGGAUGUAGACCCAGGAGGUCCAUCCGUCCUUCUUGAUACCCCCUAUCUGCCCUGGUCGGCGAAGCUUAAUGUAAUAAUCGUGCUCCUGGACCCUCUCCAUUACAAUGGUGAGCUUCAGGCGUGCUUUCUUAUGUAUGACGUGUUGAUGGUUCGAUGCGAAGAGAAUGUUUGGGAUGGGGUACUAUAUCUGUCCUGAAUCCGAAGCGAUGUUUGACGAUUAGCCUAUAGCCACACUGACAGGAAGUGAUGAUGGUCACCUUAACAAUAAAAUCUCCUCUUCGGGGGCUUAUAUUUCUCGUAUA